CCCCUUUACGUCUAAUACGAGUUAAUCGACCACAGCAAGUUUGCUGUCGUUCAACACAUUGCCUGUCCGGCUAUAUUUUAUUGUUAAUCUACAUUUUUGUACAAGGAUUGUCAAGAACACUUGACACAAUGCUAAAAUUCAAAGCGGACGUGCUCGGAUAUAUGGUCAUGAAUUGACCUCUCAGUGAGCUGGUGUUUUGAUGUUGAACGCAUGAACAGGCAGUACUGACACGACCACAAGGUCGUUUGUAGAGACUGUACAUUUGCUUGAUAAAUGGACGCCUUCGAAGAUUUCGAAGGAUUUGAUUGCUCAAUAUGUCUGGAACGAUUGGAUGAGACUUGCAAGGCAUUGCCUUGUCAGCAUACGUUUUGUAAAAGUUGCUUAAAAUCUAUCGUAGCUUCGAAGCAAGAAUUACGUUGCCCCGAAUGUCGUCGCCUUGUCACUGAAGAUGUCGACGAUUUACCAGGAAAUAUAAUGUUGAUACGUCUCUUGGAGGGGCUAAAAAAUAGGCGCACGAAGAAAAAAUUGGAAACAACGUUUGUCAGACCUGGGAUUCCAUUCGAUGAACCAUGCGCUCGGGCGAAAUUCUCCUACAACGCAAGAGAGCAAGGGGAUUUGACUAUUAAACGAGGGGAUUUGGUCGUUCUUCUGCAAAAAGUUGACGAAGAUUGGUAUAUCGGCGAACUGUCGGGGAAGCAAGGAUACGUGCCGGCAAAUUUUGUUGAGGUUAUAAAUCCUUUGCCAGCAUUUUACGACACGAAGCGUGCUUUGGCAAAAGGUCUUCACGAUUUUGAAGAAGGCGAAGAAGACGACUUACUUCAUUUUAAACAGGGUGAGAUUAUAACGGUAACAAGAAGAGUUGAUUCUAAUUGGUGUGAAGGAAAGAUCGGUUACCGUUGCGGAAUUUUUCCUGUAAAUUUUGUUGAGCUAAAUCGAGUGGCAUCGCUAAUGCCUUCUUCCAAUGGAACGAUAGCAGGACCACAAGCUCGCAUGACACCCAAUGUACCUCUCGGCUCGUUGUAUGAACGAAAACCUCGACAGAAAGCUCAGCUUUACCAACCUCUCCAAAGGUCCUAUUCAACCCCUCGCGAGACUAUGGAAAGCUAUGGACGAAAGGUCAGAGAUUUCGGGUCUUCGACGAAAUUUGCCGCUCCUGGUCGCCGUCGAGUGAUGGGUUUAAUUCAUCGGCACUCCUUUGACGCGCUUUCGAUCGACGAUUCGCAUGAUUCUCGUGAACGCCAAGGGGAACGUCUUUUGUCUUCAUUUCCAACAAACAUUGAAAACAGUGAGCGACAUCAUUCGGUUGAAUCACGUAUAUCCCAGGAUAAUCAAACUGAAACAACCUUACAACAGAAUAAUGAUCCAAGUGGCGAAUUAUACGUAGCUGUGUAUCAGUACCGACCACAAAAGGAUGACGAGCUUGAGCUGCGCUGUGGAGCACAUUAUAACGUUAUAGAAAAACGCUCAGAUGGUUGGUUCAAAGGUUUUCCCGCACAAGAAAGACAAGUCGUUGGCCAUUUUCCGGGAAAUUAUGUUCGCCCUGUCAGCACCACAACUGCGAAUGGGGAAAGUAUAACGGACAAGGGAAUGUCGUUAAUUCAGAGACGUUUUCAUAAGAGCCAUUCACAAACUCUGUUAAAACCUAGUGUAAAUGCAUUGGUAGUUCCCAGACCUCGACCGUUUUCAGAUAUCAGCAAUGACUUGAACGAUAAGUCUGUGUUACCACCCCCUCUUACUCCGCCUUUAGUUGCAGCUAAACCGCCCAAACAUUCUUUGUUUUGGAAACUAAAUAUUGGUAAAAAGAAAGAUCGCCACAGUGUUCAAACGUUGCAGAGCGAGAAAACAUCUGUUCAUCAACCAGCAGCAGACGGAGUCAUACCUGCAGGGGCCACCUCUUCUUCAAAAAUUGUUAAUACAGCCCUGCAUUCUAAAACUAAGGUAGAGACGAGGCAGACACCGAUAUACAGCUGCAACGUCAAAGAAAAGUAUUUAGUGAUAGCAGACUAUCCUCCAAUCGGCCCCAUGGAAUUAGAGUUAAAAUGUGGUGAUGUUGUCUAUGUGACAAAAAAGACUGAAAAUGGCUGGUUUCAUGGGUCAUUGGAAAGGAAUGGGAAAGUCGGCUAUGUUCCAAGUAGUUUCCUGGAAAAGAUAGUGGGUAAUUUGAUUUGAGUGCGUUUAUUUGGUCGUCUGUACCUUGGAUCCCGGCAUAAUUUUUUUUCAAUAAUUUUAAUAGUUAUAGUAAACUAUACAGUAUUGUAGUAUUGUACAGUUGAACUAAAUGAAUAGCGUAGAAAUCUUUAACCAUUUUGUGAUUAAUUUUGUAGCAUAAUUGAACUCUGUUUGAAGUCAAACUUAAUACAUGUGGUCAUUAAAAGAUACUAAUGGGCA